AUGAAGGACUUUCAUGAAAAAUCAACUCAAAUUCGCUUCGGACCAAGUGCUAGUCCAUUACCAACUGAAGUAAUUCUACAUGGUGCAUCAGAUGUACUACAUACAAAUCAAUAUAAAGGCACAGGCCUAAUGGUUAGUAUAUCUAUGCCUGUUUAUAAUCGAACUAAAAAGUUACAAUUCUUGGGCCUUAUGGGUACAGAACUACCAAUCGAAUUAAUGAUGUAUGGAUUACCUCAAUCAAAACUCUAUCCAAUUGGUUACGCAUUCGUUGUUAAUACUAACGGUUAUUUAGUUUUUCAUCCUAGUUUGAUUCCUGAAUACCCUUGGUUAGAUGAUAGUCCGUACUUAGACUUUCUUGAUGCUGAAUUCAAUGUUUAUGGAUCAAAAACACUGAUUAGAAAGAAGUUGAUUGAUAAUGCUAGAGGUUCUGAACAAAUUAUCGAUUUCAUCAAAGUUUCAGAUAAUGUGCAUACUUAUGUUAAACCAAGGCUGUAUUCAUUUACAAGACUACCUAAUACAGAUUUUGGAGUUGCAUUUGUUAUGCCCACUGAUCACAGUUGUUUUUGA